AUAAUAAACUUUUUUUUUUCCUGCUGAAAUACAAUAAUCAAACUUGCCAAGCGAGUUCUGCUCAGCGAACCAGCGAGGGUAGAGCCUCCAAUGGCGUUACAGACUGGAGUCUCCACCUCUAAAGUACUUAUUCUCGUUGGAGCAGGUUUAACUAGUUCGGUUGUUUUGAGAAGUGGACGAUUGUCUGAUCUUAUUGCGCAGCUUCAGGACUUACUCAAGGGUGUAGAUGAAGUUGAGAUAUCGCCCCAAAAAAUUGAUACAGCAUUUGUUGCAGCCCAGAUUCGACAACUGGCAAAGGAGAUCAAGGAGUUAAGUUCAUCCAGUCCUGUAACAAUCUAUAAUGGGAGCUCUUCCUCUACUGGUAAUUUUUCUUCUUAUUUGGUACCGGCCGCUGCACUUGGAGCAGUGGGAUAUUGUUACAUGUGGUGGAAGGGAUGGUCGUUGUCCGAUGUGAUGUUUGUAACCAAGCAUAACAUGGCAAAUGCUGUUACAACUGUGUCUAAACAAUUGGAGCUUGUUUCGGAAACACUGGCUUCAACAAGGAGACAUCUGUCUAAGAGGCUGGAAAACUUGGAUUGGAAGGUGGAGGAGCAGAGAGAAACAUCUAAUCUCAUUGCAAAUAAUGUAAAUGAAAUGAAAUCUAAUCUUUCUGAGAUUGGGUAUGAUGUUGAAAUGAUUCAUAAAAUGGUAUCCACUUUGGAGGGAAAGCUCGAGCUUCUAGAAAACAAACAGGAUAGUACUAACUCUGGUCUGUGGUACCUGUGCAACAUUGCUGGAGGCUUGAAAGAUGGGAUUAAUUCUAAAUUGCUUCAGGAUGGCAGCACAAAGCUAGCAGACCAUCCAACAGUGACAUACGAGGAGAGUCCACUCAAGGGCCUUCAGUUCAUUGCUGGGGCUGAUGAGACAGGAGCGGUUGAGAAAUUAAACGACUCCUCAAAGAAGCGUGACCUCGAUAGCCUCCCUGGGGAAAAAGUUCAAACUUUAAAAACAAGAAUACAUAGGUCUUACCCAGUUGGGAUUUCUUUGGCCCCAGAACUCCUUGGUUCUGGCAUAUAAACUUAUAAAUCAUUGUUUUACAAUAGAUUAUUGAUUUUCUCAACAAAACUCGUUUCGAUUGAUUCUGUAUAUAUGCGUCACCUAACCGAUGGUGCUAGAGAAUUAGUUUCUUCUUUUGGACUGCUUGGCUAUACUUCUGCUUUUAUGUGCACAUGAUUUUGGCUGUAUGUUGCGAGCUAAGUUCAGAUUGAUGCUUGAACGGUAUAGUCUAAAUAAUAAAGUGUGGUUUUCUGCCUCUUU